AUAAAAUGGCGACGUCCACAAGUAAGCAUGGUAAAUUAGGAAAUAGAUUUAAGAAGAGGAAAAGAGGUGGAAUGAAAGACAUAAUGUCCAACGCAAACUGGAAGACUGUAGAUCUUGGUGACAUGGAUCUUUCUCAGAUUGACGAAGCCGGAGAAAUCGUGUGUUUUGAAGAAUUGACAGAUUAUACCGUACUUACGACAUCGGGGUCGAAAAAGCAAAAGAUCGCGAAAUCUCCAAAAAAGUCGGAGGAAAAAGAUAAGGACACAGUGAAAAACACCAAGACUGGGGGAAAGAAGAGGAAACUUAAAGAUGAUGAUGAUGAACCACUGAAAAAAAAGAAAAAAAAAACAAAAAAACAAAUUAAAAAGGCUAAAGAUGUGGAUCAAGAAAACAAAGAUAAUCCUAAGCUUAACGACAUUGAAGAGGAGGAGAAGACCACUGAUGAUGAGACAGAAGAUGAGGAAGAAUGGAAGAAAAUUGAUAUGUCGUCGUGGUUGAAUCUGCUGAUACCUGAGCCCAUUCUACAUGCCCUGGCAGAUCAGAAAUUUACCUGUCCAACUCCAAUACAACAACAGAGUCUAAUCCCAGCCAUUAGAGACUAUAAAGAUAUCAUCGGAGCGGCUGAAACGGGAAGCGGUAAAACAUUGGCUUUCGGUAUUCCUAUCCUGCACCAUAUAUUAAACAUACAAGAAAAAGAAAAGAGGCGCAAAGUGAAAGAUUUGGAGACUGGCGAAGACCACCAGCAUCAGGGUUGUAAUGACUUGUUAGCAUUGGUAUUGACACCUACCAGGGAAUUAGCGAUACAAGUCAGAAACCAUCUUGUUAAAGUUGCCAAAUAUACCGGAAUACACAUUGCAGUAGUCGUUGGAGGUAUGUCGAAGCAAAAACAAGAAAGAAUUUUGAAGAAAAAGCCACAGGUUGUCAUAGCAACACCUGGUAGACUAUGGGAACUUGUACAACAGGGUGACACUUAUCUGAACUCAGUCAGUGAUGUCAGAUAUCUUGUUAUAGAUGAAGCAGAUAGAAUGGUGGAACGUGGUCACUUCGCUGAGUUGACUUCUAUAAUAGACUUAAUCAAUGGAAGUAAAAAAACACACAAAAGGCAGACAUUUGUGUUCUCAGCCACGCUAACUAUGGUGCACCUGGGACCAAAACGAAAAUUAAUGAAAGGAAAGUUUGACAUGAACAAGACACAAAAACUGGAUGAUGACAUGCCUGUUUUUCCAGUUGAACUGAAGUAUUUAGCUGCAGUCAAGGAAAGGGUCAAAUUAACCAGAAAAAUUGACAAAAUGGAUCACAAAUUCCAGAAAUUAAAACAUCAAAAUGAUUGGUUUACAAGAAAUGCAGAGGAACUCGAUAUAGAACUAGAUGAAGAUUGUUUACACGAUCUUGGGGACAGUGCAGAACAGAAAGAUCAUCGCAAACAUUUGAAAUCACUUAGAAGUAAUUUGAAUUCAAUGUUGAAGACCACUCUUUUCCCAAAAGGGUUUUCUGCACAGUACCCAACAAGAGGGGGUCAGUUUACCAUGCCAUAUAAACAAGUUUCAUCUGCAGUUGGUAAAAGCGCUACAGAUGCUGUUGAUGCAGUGAAACAAGGUACCCAUGGAAUGAAGAAAACACCUCUGGUCCGGUUUCCGAAAGGGUCAAAACAGAAAAACAAACAUAAAAGGAAGAAAAAGAAUAAGUGA